GUAUGUCCAUAACGUAGUACGUAAUCAGAGCUUGCGCUUGUUACUCCGUAUAUAAGAUAAAAAACAUAAUGAUCCUCCUAAUAUGGACGGUAGUGUUCCUUGGCGUAGUGUACAUAUACCUACGUCAAGUAUAUUCAAAGUUUCCAAGGUAUGGAGUGAAACAACUUGAGCCCGUGCCUUUGUUUGGCAAUAUGUUGCCUAUAUUGAUGAGAAAAUACCACUUCAUUUAUUUGAUUGACGACUUGCAUAAACGGUUCCCGAAUGAGAGAUUUGUAGGUAGAUAUGAAUUUUUAAACCCGGUCGUUGAAAUAAAAGAUCUGGAAUUAAUAAAGAAGAUAACAAUAAAGGAUUUUGAGUAUUUCCUCGACCAUCGAGGGUUCACUGAUGAGAAGGUGGAACCUUUGUUUGCUAGAAAUCUAUUUACUUUGAAAGGAGAGGAAUGGAAAGACAUGCGGUCUACAUUGAGCCCAGCGUUCACCAGCUCGAAGAUAAAAGUGAUGGUUCCCUUCAUGGAGGAAGUCGGGAACCAGAUGAUACGCGCUUUGAAGAAGAGGAUUGAAGCUGCUGGAGGAAAGCCAAUAGAAGUGGACUACAAAGACUUGACCACACGUUACGCGAACGACGUCAUCGCGUCUUGCGCGUUUGGUCUAAAAGUAGACUCUCAUACUGAUGUUGACAAUAAAUUCUAUGAAAUGGGACGAACUGCUUCUUCCUUCAAACUUCGGCAAAUGCUCAUGUUUCUUGCUUACAGCGCUUGCCCUAAGCUUGUUAAGUGGUUAAAAAUGACACUAUUUUCAAAAGCUGUUACGAAAUUCUUCACUCGACUUGUGUUAGAUACAAUGAACAAUAGAGAAGAAAAUAAUAUAAUACGACCAGACAUGAUACAUCUAUUAAUGGAAGCAAAGAAAGGAAGAUUGAUUCACGAUACCAAUACGAAGGAGAAUAUCAAAGCAGGUUUUGCGACAGUAGAAGAAUCUACUGUAGGCCAAAAUAACAAUAAGAGAGCUUGGACAGACAACGAUCUAAUCGCCCAAGCAGUUUUAUUCUUCAUAGCUGGUUUCGAAACAAUUUCUGUGGCUAUGUCCUUCGCGUUAUAUGAACUAGCUCUGAAUCCUGAUGUCCAAGACAAAUUGGCUAAGGAAAUUAGAGAAACCGAUUCGAAGACUGGAGGAAAAUUGGAUUAUAAUGCUAUUCAGAAGAUGACGUAUAUGGAUAUGGUUGUUUCAGAGGUUGUGAGGUUGUGGCCACCCGUCGCGUCGUUGGACAGAAUUUGCACAAAGGACUAUAAUUUGGGAAAGGCUAACAAGGAAGCUACUAAGGAUUAUAUUAUUCGUAAAGGAGAAGUGAUCGCCAUCCCAGCAUGGGCAAUACACCGUAAUGCUCAAUAUUACCCUGAGCCAGAAAAGUUUGACCCAGAGCGAUUUUCCGACGAUAAUAAGGACCUGAUCAAACCUAUGACCUAUAUGCCUUUUGGUAUUGGCCCUAGCAACUGUAUAGGUUCAAGAUUUGCUCUGUGCGAGCUGAAAAUGUUGGUCUAUCAAAUUCUGCUGCAUUUGGAAUUAACCCCAUCAGGGAGGACUCCUGUUCCCGCUAAAAUUUCUUCAGAAUCUGUUAAUAUGUGGAUGGAAGGAGGCCAUUGGCUAAAUUUUAGCAUACGGAAAUAAAUUGUAAAAAUAAUUAACUAUGAAGACGAAAAAAAUCAUGUAUCAACGUGAUGCCAAAAUAUUUUUAAUAUUUCAUGAAUACUAAUUUGUAAGAAUAUAUAUUAAGGUUUUAGGAAUGAAUGUGAGAAAACUGUAUCAAUAAAAGAAGUAUGUUAAAAAUAACAUUAUUAAGUUAGAAAUGAUGCCACAUUUAUCAAUUUUAACAAUAUAAAUGUAAAAUUUUGUCAUUUAGAAAAAAAAGAGAAGAUGAAAUUAAAAAAAAAAAACUCAUUCCUUUUUAGUUAUUUUGUAUUUUGUAUGCAAAUUUAAGAGACAAAAUUAAUGAAAAGUAAUGUCUGCGGAUAAACCACUGUUACUAUCUCUGCUUAUCAAUAAAUCGUUGUUAAUAAAG